CACCCAACGAACCCCACCUUCUUCGUUGCCUCUCUUCCUCCCUCUCCUCUCUUCCUUCCUCUCGAUCGAUCGUCAUAGCAAUCCAAGCUAGCAAGCCCGUCCGUCGUCUCUCGUCCAAGAAGCAUACAACUACUAAUGGGGAGGUCACCGUGCUGCGACCAGGACGCGGGCGUCAAGAAAGGCCCGUGGACGCCGGAGGAGGACAAGCUGCUGGUGGACUACAUCAACGGCAACGGCCACGGGAGCUGGCGCCGCCUGCCCAAGCACGCCGGCCUCAACCGCUGCGGCAAGAGCUGCCGCCUCCGCUGGACCAACUACCUCCGCCCGGACAUCAAGCGCGGCCGCUUCACCGACGACGAGGAGAAGCUCAUCAUCCACCUCCACUCCCUCCUCGGCAACAAGUGGUCCGCCAUCGCCACCAAGCUGCCCGGCCGGACCGACAACGAGAUCAAGAACUACUGGAACACGCACCUCCGCAAGAAGCUGCUCGCCAUGGGGAUCGACCCCGUCACGCACCAGCGCCGCACCGACCUCAACCUCCUCGCGGCCGGCGGCUUCACCAACCUCCUCGCCGCCGCCAACCUCGCGGCCGCCGCCGCUGGUGGCGGCCAAGCAGCUGGACCUGGAGGACCGCUCGCCGCCGCGCAUGCUAGCUCCUGCUGGGACAUCAACGCUCUCAGGCUCCAGGCCGACGCCGCCAAGUACCAGCUCCUCGAGGGCCUCGUCCGCGUGCUCACCGCCCCCGCCGCGCCCACCGUCGACCUCAUGUCCCUCCUCGCCGCCGCCAAUAAUGGAGGCGCGCCCAGCGGCGGCGGCGGCCACCAGCAGCUGCUCGCCGGAGUGGACCAAAGCACCGCCAGCAGGGUCGUGCAGCAGUACGACGGCAUGCUCAGCCUUCCAGCGCUGACCAGCGCCGUGCCGGCGGUGACGCAGGGCAUGCCGUCCUCCUCCGCCUACUCCCUCUCUGGGCUCCUCAACGGCUUCUCCGGCGGUGCCGGGACUACGGCCGCUUUCGCCGGGGACGGGCUCAGCUCCACGGAGCUCGGCCACAGCGGGGCCACCACCGGGAGCAACGUGACUGCCGCCGCGAUGCCGCCACCUUUGGCAGCGGCGGCCAAGGGGUGCAGUGCAGGCAACGGCGGCGCCACGUCGUCGACCCCAUCCCCGUACGAGGAGACGCCGGCGUCGAGCCCGUUCGACGGCCUGGACAGCCUCACGCUGGAUUUUGACCCCAACAACGACAGUUGGAGAGAAUUGCUAGAGCAAAUGUCAUGGUUGAACAACCCCAAUGAUCAGCUGUGAGAAAAAACGACACGUAUCUUUCACACGCACAUAGGAGCCAGACGAAGAACGUACUGAUGAAAAGAUCGAUGAAAAGACGAAGAACCGUUUAUUUGCGUUGCAUUGCAUUGGUUGUUGCGCACACUUCUUUGAAGAUGUGAAGUUUGUCUGUUGAUAGGAUAAAGAGGGUGGUUUGGCCCACUCCAUUUUAGCUAUUAUUAUAUAUGUACAGAGAACCAACGACAAAUAUACAUAUAUAUGCUCACCACCCCUAAACGAUUUGAAUUUGUUUUUUGCUUUUUUGCUUUUGUUUUACCUUUGGAAGGAGGGAACAUACACAUACAUACAUAUACAUGUAAUUAUUAGCUCGUGACAUAUAUAUAUAAACUAAAUGAGGUUUCGUUUUUCCACA